AUGCACUCGCUGACCGAUAGGUCCGUGCCAGUUGGACUGGUGUUGCGGAAAUGGACCAAGGAAUAUGGAAAAGUUUACGGAAUCCAAGAAGGACUUCGAAAGACGCUAGUGAUAAGCGAUGUCAAUAUGAUCCGAGAGUUGUUCAUGCAGAAAUUUGAGUAUUUCUAUGGACGCAAGAACACCGUACUGGUCGGAGACGUUGAAAAUGAUCCUCGCGUCCAUCUAUUUGAGGCACAAGGAGUGAGAUGGAAACGUCUUAGAUCUAUCUCCAGCCCUGCCUUCUCGACUGGUUCAUUGAAAAAGAUUCGACCCACUUUGGAAGACUCUGUGUUUGCUCUAAUCAAACUGUUUGAUGAUAAAGCAGAUAAACAAGCGUUUGACGUACUACCGUUUUACAAGGAGUUCACUAUGGAUGUUAUAUAUCGAGUUGCGCUAGGACAAGAAGGGCCAAAAAUGUUUACUGAUGAGAAGAUGACACGAGUAGACAAAAUUUUCCAACGAAGCUUUCGUCAACCACUUUUCUACGUAGCAAGUGCGGUUCCGAGCCUCGCAUUGACUACAAGAAAGCUGUUCCUACUCACAUCAAAAUUGAGGAAAAGUACUGCACCUGCGAUUUUUGAACAAAUUUACAAGACCAUUGAUGAGAGGAUAGAAGAAAGGAAAACUAAAGCUAAUUCAAACGAAAAGGAAAAAGCUACCGACUUUAUCGACUUAUUCUUGGAUGCGAGGGCUGAACAAGAGUUUGAUAAUCAAUCGGAAUUUUCGAGAACAGGAGUUCAGAUCGAAAAGCAAUUGACCAGAGACGAGAUUGCAGCGCAGUGUUUUGUAUUCCUCUUGGCUGGUUUCGACACCACAGCCAAUUCGCUGGCAUAUGUUACGCAUUUACUAGCAAAGAAUCCUGAAAUUCAACGCCAUCUUCAAGAAGAGAUUGAUAGCUGUUGCGAUGAAACUAUUAGCUACGAAUCCAUAGCCAAAAUGAAGUAUCUGGACUGUGUCAUGAAGGAAGGUCUCCGCAUGUACCCAGUGGCCAAUUUUACAAACUCUCGACGUUGCAUGAAAUCAACUACCAUCGGAGGCAUAGAGAUCGAAGAAGGGACCUUUGUCAUGGCUGACACUUUCUCAUUACACUAUGAUCCGGAAAUUUGGGGAGAAGACGCUGAGGAGUUUCGACCUGAAAGAUGGAUUGAUGCAGAACGCGCGGUAGCGUCAUGGCUUGCGUUCGGUCUGGGACCUCGUCAGUGUAUUGCGAUGAGAUUUGCCCAAAUGGAGGAAAAGCUUGUCCUGGCUCAUUUGCUCAAGCGUUUCGACAUAAUAGUAACAGAUCGCACCGAGAAAGAGCUCACUCUGAUAGGAUCCAUGACUACUGCUCCAAACUACUAUCAAUGGCAGAAAGACUACUGGAAACGUCGUGGCAUACCCGGCCCAACAGGAAUCAUUUUUAUUGGGAACAUGCAUUCUUUAACCGACACAUCAGAGCCUAUAGCAGUUGUCUUGAAAAGAUGGACCAAACAAUUUGGAGAUGUAUACGGCAUUCAAGAAGGCAUUCGAAAGACCCUGGUUACAAGUGAUAUCAACAUGGUACGAGAGCUGUUCAUGAAAAAGUUUGAGUACUUCCAUGCCCGCAAGAGCAGCGUCCUCGUCGGAGAUGUCGAAAACGAUGCCCGAGUGCACCUUUUUGAAUCACAAGGUGCAAGAUGGAAGAGGCUUAGAGCUAUUUCUAGCCCGGCGUUCUCUUCUGGUUCGCUCAAGAAGGCUAAAGAUAUAAGCAGAGAAGAGGAAUCGCAAGGGACAACAGAUUUUAUUGACCUUUUUCUGGAUGCACGAGCUGAGCAUGAAUUUGACAACCAUUCGGAUUUCUCCAAAUCAGGCAUUCAUGUUAAAAAGCAACUGACAAGAGAAGAAAUUGCUGCGCAGUGUUUUGUGUUUUUAUUGGCCGGUUAUGAUACUACCGCGAAUUCGCUUGCAUAUGUUACAUUUCUUUUGGCAAAACAUCCUGAAUCGCAACGACGAUUACAAGAAGAGAUCGAUCAAUACAGCGGAGACGAGACAAUCACCUACGAGUUAUUGGCCUCAAUGAAGUACCUCGACUUUGUGAUGAAGGAAGCACUUCGGAUGUACCCAGUUGCUAGCUUCGCCAACUCUCGUCAAUGCAUGAAAUCCACAACACUCGGAGACAUCAACAUCAACAAGGGAACCUUUGUUAUGAUCGAUACAUUAACGCUCCAUUACGAUCCGGAGAUAUGGGGAGAGGAUGCAAACGAGUUUCGACCUGAGAGAUGGCAAGAAUUAGAGCGACCUGUAGCUUCAUGGAUUCCAUUUGGUUUGGGACCACGACAAUGUAUAGGAAUGAGGCUGGCGCAAUUGGAGGAAAAGCUUGUGCUUGCUCAUAUAUUAAAAAGAUACGACAUCAUAGCUACAGAAGACACUGAGAAAGAGCUUGUUUUGCUUGGAUCCAUGACAGUCGCACCGAAGUCCGUCACGGUAAAACUCGCUGCGCGAAAGCAGUAA